UUUAGACGGAAAUACAGUUUCGCAAACUUAAAUGACGUUUUGUCAUAAAAAAAGCCUUUAUUUUGGACCACAAACUGUAUUCUUAUAUGAAACAAAACAAGAGUUUCAUAGUUAGAAAGCAGAACGGAGAAAAUCAGAUUGAGAGAGAUGGAGUCACCGUUCAAGGCUGAUGUGGUGAAAGGGAAGGUGGCUCUGAUAACAGGAGGAGGGUCGGGGAUUGGGUUCGAAAUAUCAACCCAAUUUGGCAAGCAUGGAGCCUCCAUUGCCAUCAUGGGUCGACGCAAGCAAGUCCUUGACUCUGCUGUCUCGGCUCUUCAGUCUCUCGGAAUUCAGGCUGUUGGUUUUGAGGGGGAUGUUCGUAAACAUGAAGAUGCAAAAAGAGUGGUGGAAUCAACUUUCCAGCAUUUUGGUAGGCUUGACAUACUUGUGAAUGGUGCAGCUGGCAAUUUUCUUGUAUCAGCCGAGGAUCUAUCCCCUAAUGGAUUUCGAACAGUUAUGGAUAUUGAUGCUGUUGGAACAUUCACAAUGUGCUACGAAGCACUCAAGUAUCUUAAAAAAGGAGGACCAGGAAGGAGGUCAUCUGGUGGUGGAACAAUAUUGAACAUCAGUGCUACUUUACAUUAUACAGCUUCUUGGUAUCAAGUCCAUGUAGCAGCUGCGAAGGCAGCGAUUGAUGCCACUACAAGAAACUUGGCAUUGGAGUGGGGAGCUGACUAUGACAUUAGGGUGAAUGGAAUAGCUCCAGGCCCCAUUGAUGAUACGCCUGGCAUGAGUAAACUUGCACCUUCGGAGAUAAAUAGCAAAGCUAGAGAUUACAUGCCUUUGUAUAAACUAGGGGACAAAUGGGAUAUUGCUAUGGCCGCCCUUUACCUUGCUUCGGAUGCAGGGAAAUUUAUAAAUGGAACUGUCAUUAUAGCUGAUGGAGGACUUUGGCUGAGCCGGCCUCGCCAUCUGCCAAAAGAUGCGGUGAAGCAGCUUUCACGAUCAGUAGAAAAGAGAUCUAGAGAUGCACCAGUAGGGGUUCCAAGGAGCAAGUUGUAAGGCAUAGAAUAAGUACAUGAUCUUUUUUUUUUUCGAGGAAUUUUCCUAUUGAGAGGGGUAAUAAUAUGCCAAACUCACACACGAUACAUGAAUGCUAGGACCUUGUAUGAGGGAUCAAUUGCUCCAAACCACUGCACUAGUAGGUCCUUUGCGUGUGCCAAGUUGUUAGCAUGCUUAUUUUGUGUUUAUGUUAUAUCUUAAUAUGUUUGGAAAGGUAAUAAUAAAAUCUUCAUGGGAUUAUUAAUUU